AUGGCAAGUAAAUUUACACCACCGCCGGUUUUUGAUGAAAAAAAGAGUUGGAUUGACUACAAAAAGGAGAUUAAAAUAUGGCAAGCGUUGACAGAUUUACCGGCGAAGAAGCAAGGUCCUAGUUUGUAUUUAUCUUUGAGCGGAAAAGCGAGGGAGGCAGCGUUAGAGAUUGACAUAGAAGAGCUUAAGAAAGAUACUGGCGUACAAACCAUUUUAGAGCGAUUGGAUAAAUUGUAUUUACAAGAUACUAACCAAAGUGCAUACAUAGCGUAUCAAAAUUUUGAGAGUUUUAAGCGACAAUAA